CUCCUAGUGACGCACUUCCGCCCCAGGCUGUGAUCAGCGCGCCGCUCACUUCCUUUCUCUCUUUUCCUCGCUGCCGCCAUCAUGGGUCGCAUGCACGCUCCCGGAAAGGGCCUGUCCCAGUCUGCUCUCCCGUACAGACGCAGCGUCCCAACCUGGCUGAAACUGACAUCUGAUGAUGUGAAGGAGCAGAUUUUCAAACUGGCCAAGAAAGGUCUGACCCCGUCCCAGAUCGGUGUCAUCCUCAGGGACUCCCACGGUGUUGCCCAGGUUCGCUUCGUGACCGGCAACAAGAUCCUGCGUAUCCUGAAGUCCAAGGGGCUCGCCCCGGACCUCCCCGAGGAUCUCUACCACCUGAUCAAGAAAGCCGUGGCUGUCCGCAAGCAUCUUGAAAGGAACAGGAAGGAUAAGGAUGCCAAGUUCCGCUUGAUUCUGAUUGAAAGCAGAAUCCACCGGCUGGCUCGUUACUACAAGACCAGGAGAGUGCUUCCACCCAACUGGAAAUACGAAUCGUCCACAGCUUCAGCCCUCGUCGCAUAAACUUUUUUCUCGAAAGAAUAAACUUUCAGUUAAAUCUC